AUUCGCCUUCAGAAUUCCUUCCACAUAUUCGUAAUUUAGAAACCGGAGAAAUUCAAUUGAUCACCCAAUCAUCCAUACGAUAACCCCAAUCUUUACAAGAUGUCUACAAGAUUGCUAUUAAGAACCCGUUUGCCGAGGCAUGCUCUCGGGGCCAGUAUUGUCGGGCUAUCCCUCGGCACGAGCUUGACAACGUUUAAACAAUCUAAGCUCCGGCUGGACGCGAGAGAGACGCCGCGACCGAUUAAUAGCCUCCCUCCGGUCAAGGAGAGAUUAGAUCCCGAACUUUUAAAACAGCUUUCCGGCGGUAGUAUUACAGGGUUCGUUUCUGGAGUUCUCAUUAGCAUAUUCUCGCGUACGUUGGUCUUGCUUCUGGGGAUUUCUGUAGUCAUUGCUCAGGUGGCUUCGAGAUAUGGCCUCGAUCUUGUACAGCAGCUGAAAUUGAAACAACGACUGGGAAAUUCACGGGUAUUGGCUGCCUUGGAGAGGGACCCUGCGUUUAAGUUGUCAUUUGGGCUGUUCUUUGCAAUGUCUGCUUUCAUGCAAUUCUAAUACUAUAGGUAACAACUAACGCAAUGCAUCAUCAAAAUGAACUGCACAAGUUUUCCGUCUAGAAGGUCUGCGUUUCCCUCUUAAGCCAUG